AAAACAACAAACAAAUAGGAAAUUCGAAAGCGCAAAAAUCUGAAAAUGGGAGAUUUAAAACAAACCAAUUAAAAUUAAACGAACGAAACGGAAGAUUUAGAAAUGAGAUUCAAAGAUGACCAAAAAAAACCAAAAACCAAAAACAAAACCAAAAAAAAUAAAUUUAAUGCGGGUCUUAACGCAAAAAUUUUUUAAAAGGUAAAAUUUUAAAAGCGUACAAUUUAUAAGAGCGUAAAACUGGAAAGCUUUAAGAUGUUAAAAGGCGAAAUUUUUAAAAGUGUAAAAUUUUAGUGCUUUGAAGUUUUAAAAGGCGAAAUUUUUAAAAGUGUGAAAUUGGAAAGCUUUAAAAUUUUAAAAGGCGAAGUUUUGGAGAUAUGAAAUUUGGGAACCAUAAAAUGUUGAGAGAUAAAAUUUUUGAAGAUGUGAAAUUCGAAAACUGUAAAAUUUUAUAAGAUAAAAUUUUGAAAUAUUAAGGUUUAAAACUGCUUGUCCUGGGGGCCUGUGUCCCUGCUCCAGAUGCAGGAGCUCGUGAUGAUCCAAAGGAUGUGCUUGCGCCGUGUCAGUGGUGGAUUGCCCUGCCAGUGCACCGAUCUGGGUUAAUUGUCCAGUGUUGCUGGGAAAUAUCCAAAAAUUAAAUGGAAAAGGGUGGAUGUGUAUCCUCCUAGAAGACAGAAAACAUCAGUCUCAGCGUGGUUUUUGGCACGACAUUGAACUUGGGCUGUUCUUCGCAGUAAUUGAUUUUUUUAGAAUCGGUGCUAGUUGGCUGGUGUGUCUGAAAUGCUUCACCUGGAGGUGAGCGGGGUUUUAUCCAGCUGAGCUCUGCUUUGUUCUGAGGGUUUGCUGUGUUGGUGAUGAAGGGCAGCAUGAUAAAAUAUUUCAUCAAAAACUGGUACUGUAUUUUCAGUCGUGUACAGUGAUUUUAAAACUUCUCAUCCUCCCCUUAAGGUUAUUCAAUACAGGAGUUUGGUAUUAAAAAGAGUAAAAAAUAUGUAGCCUGAUUUUUUUUUUUUUUUAAAGCAUCAUCUCAAGGUGAUUAAGGGGGCCAAGGAAAAACCUGAAGUAGGGACCAUCUGUUUCACCAGAGCAGUAGUAUUUGGCUAAGAGAAUAUUUGAAAUAGUAACUUGCUCAGAUUCCUGUUGUCAAUGUCUGUGUAAGUUCCUCUGGUGUUUACUCACUCUCUGACUCACUGGACAACAUGUGCCUUGAAAUUGUUGUGAUACAUCGUCCUUCUGCGUGUGUCAUCAGAGCUGUCUGCAGUCCAGGGCGUCCAGGUGAAAUCACAGCUCAGGGAGCAGCCAGAACAACAGCGGGCAGAGCUGCCACCUCCACGGGGACUGGGGGGGUGAGGGAACAGAGAUUGCCCCUCUCUGCAUAAGUCACUGAGCUGCAGAGGCUCAGACAACCAGUCCCUUCAUCAUCUCAGUGGCCCUUUGCUGGAUCCUCUCCAGUGUGUCAGUCAGCGUGUGUCUCCUCAGUACAUGGUAAUUCCAUCACCUCCUGGCCAUCCCAAUGAUGAAAUCAGAAGCUAAGGAUGGAGAAGAGGAAAGCCUGCAGACAGCAUUCAAAAAGCUGAGGGUUGACACAGCUGGAUCUACUACUUCUCUCUCUGUGGGUGAAGGGAUGAGUCCCAGAGCACUAGUUAGAACAGUGGCAGAUGAAACCAAACCUAAGACUGUGUGUGCUUCUAAGGAAACCUGGCAUGGGUCUAUGAAGAAGCCUCCGAGAGGAGUCGUGAGAACUCAGCGUCGCAGGCGUUCCGAGUCUCCCAUCCUUCAUCCUCCCAAGUUCAUCCACUGCGGCACAAAGUCGCAUUCCCCGUGCAGCCAGCUGGUGCAGAAGAGCCAGGUGGACACCCAGAACGACAGCAGUGGGUUUGGGAUGCCAGUCCCCAAGGAAGCCGGUGCACAGGAACGAUGCAGCGCAGCUCCUGACCUUGGCCAGAAGGGAGCUGAGGUUGAGUCCGGGAGGGUUUCUGUUAUGCAGUUGACGUCGGAGAACAGGCAGGAGAACUCUCCAGCUGCAGCUGCUCCGGUGUCCAAAGCCAGCCUAAAGACUACAGAGCUUUCUGACUUCCAGUCCAUGUGCAAGCUGAACACGAGUAAGCCGUGUGCGUGUGCGGGCAGAGCCUGUCAGUGCAAACUGUGGCAAGACAUGGAAGUGUACAAAUUCUCUGGCUUGCAGAACACCCUCCCAAUGGCACCCGACAGAACAGUUCCUGAGGAUCACUCCCAGCCUUUGCCAUCAAGAACUCCCUCAAGUUCUCCACGCUCUUGCUCUGAGCAAGCCAGGGCCUUUGUGGAUGAUGUGACAAUUGAAGACCUUUCGGGGUACAUGGAGUAUUACUUGUAUAUCCCAAAGAAAAUGUCUCACAUGGCGGAAAUGAUGUACACCUGACAGCAGUGAGCACCAACGAGCACCAGAAGGGCGGCUGGUUUAAAUCUGCUGUCACACUCAUGUGAGGAUCCAACCCACUCCCUGCUCACUGUGCUUGCAAUAAAAACACUUCUUUGCAUCUCA